AUGGUCACAACCGCCGAUGUCGCAGACCACGCGCGGAUGCGCAAGGUGAUGAAUCGAGCUUUCGCGCCUUGGGCUUUGAGGGCGCAGGAGCCGACUGUCGAGGCCUCUGUCUCGCUGCUGGUGGAGAGGCUCGGAGAACAGGUCGCCCCGUCUCAGCACGAUGACCCGGUUGUCGAAACGAACACGGUUGACUGGUACGAUUACGUCGCUUUCGACAUCGUUGGCGACCUUGGCUUCGGCGGGUCUUUCCAAUGCCUCCAAUCCGUUUCCCCGCACCCCUGGCUCGCUCUCAUCUUCGGUUCCCUCAAAGGCAUGCCCUUGGCGGCCGCCGCCCGCUAUUAA